UAGGACUACAAGUGGGACGGUUUAUUCUCCUUUUCACGAAGUUAUGUUCGGACUUCUGAUACUACUAGAUCUGUAGUUAAUAAUGAAUAAGUCAUUUUUACCAGAGGAAAAUUGGACCAGUGAGUUGAGUUCUCUACAGUUUCCAAAGGUUCAAGGUAGAAGAUGAUCUUCCUCAUCCUGCUGCUCCUCUUCCUCACCUCUUGUGUCUCUGGAACAUUUGUAGUGAAUGUGGCUCAGACUUCCUAUCAGGCAGAGGAGAACCAGAACAUCACCCUGGAGUGGACCUUCAGCUCCAGAAGAAAAACUUCACUCAGAUCCAUUUCUAUCAUCUGUGAGAUGUUAACUGAGACCAGAACCUACGUCCUCUUUCAUCUCCUUAGAGGUGUUGAAUCCCCAGAGUCUCAGGAUCCAGAGUUUUCAGGACGAGUCCAGUGGGACAAAGACGUCCUCACAGAAGGACGCCUCACACUUCAUGUCUCCAGACUCAGGGCCAAUGACUCUGGAAAGUAUGAGUGUGAGAUACUCGUCAGACCUGAUGGGAGUAACUCUAGGAGAUGCUGGCUCAACGUCACUGCUGCUGCUGAGCUCCAAACUCAGAGACCAACAGAGUGUCCACAACUACACUGGUGGAGAGACAUCUUGAUCUGCAUUGUAGUGGCAUUCAUUAUAACAUCUCUACUGAAUUUCUUUACCGCUUUCUGUGUCUUCGGAGUUCCCCCUACCAGGUGCAGCUAUGUUCCUGUGGAUUCAUUGAUCACAAAAGAACGUGAUACAGUAUAGUUUUCCAACAAUUUUUAUUUUUGAUUAUCAAAACUAACAAUUAAAGGUGGGGUAGGUAAUUUUGGAGAAAAUCAAAUCAAUUCAAAUCAA